AUGGUGCAAUCAGACCAGAGUCCGCAAAGGCCGUUCAGAGUCGUCAUCGUGGGCGCAGGCCUCGUCGGCCUCUCACUAUCCCAUGCACUACAGCUCGCCAACAUUGACCACAUCGUCCUCGAGAAACACAAGGAGAUUGUAUCUUUACAUGGCGCAGCACUGGUGCUCUAUCCUGGCGUGGCACGCGUGUUUGAUCAGUUUGGUAUCCUGAAAGGCGUUCAAGACUCUGCCACACCAAUGCAGAAGGAAAGUCUGCGCUGGCCUGACGGUAGAGUUCUUGCUCAUCCGAAGAGGCUGUCGGCAUUGUCGGAAGCCUUUGACUCACCACCAAUUUUCUUCGAACGCCAGAAGUGCGUUACCGUUUUGUACAAUGGCCUACCAGAUAGGUCGAAAGUCCGUACAUGCGCUCGCGUCGAGCGGUUCGAGCACACAGAAUUUAGCGUCAAGGUCUUUCUCGCCGAUGGGACAUACGAGGAAGGCGAUAUUGUGAUUGGGGCCGAUGGUGUUCACAGUCUCACAAGACAGUUAAUGUGGGAUUACGCUGCAAAGAAUGAACCAGACGCGGUGCCAAAGUCCGACAAGACGGCAAUAUUUUCGCAAUACAAGGGCGUCUUCGGAGUAACCGAUCAAGGCGACUUGCCUGACCUCGGCGACGCCGAUACCCACGUAGUACUCGGUGACGGUUCGACCAAGCUGCUCUUCACUCAGCCCGGUAUCGCCUACUGGGGCAUCACAUUUAAAGAUGAAUACAGCUGUCCACCGAAGCCAUACAAGCCGUCUCUUGACGAGCAAGAGCAAGUCGGAGAGAGAUUCAAAGAUGUGAAAAUGACCGAGAACCUAACAUUUGGCGAUCUCUGGAAGAACAAGAGUCGCUCCGCCGUGCUGAACAUCGAAGAAGGCAUCCUCGAUAAAUGGCACGCAGGCCGGAUCGUACUCGUAGGAGAUUCCGCACACAAGAUGACAGCCGACCUCGGCAUGGGCGCAAACAUGGCCAUUGAAUCCGCCAUCACACUCUGCAACCUCCUCUAUAGAAUGACAUCUUGCUCCAAAGACGCGGAUUUUCAUCCCGCUCCUGCCCAGCUCUCCACUCUCUUCUCCACCUACCAGGCCACGCGCCACAAACGCGCCAAGGCUUUUGUUGACCUCUCCGGCCGCAUGACGCGCAUGCGUAGCUACGCGGGCUUCUGGAGCUACUUUUUCCUUACGAGGAUUGCGACGCUGCCCUGGAUCAUGACGUAUCAGACUAACAAGUUGGUGGAUGCGUGGCGCGAGGCGCCGAAGUUGGAGUAUGUGGGGACUAGGACGAUUAACGAAGGUGCGGAGGGAUGGAAGAGGAGGGACGAGAAGGCAAACAGAGUGAAUGUGUGGAUGGUGUAUUUGGUGGUCAUGUCGGUAGUUGGGGUGGGGAUGUGGUAUGCGGUAAGGCCGCAUUCGGGAGUUCGUGUACACGUGUGA